AUGGUUGUUCCAAAACAGGCAAGCUGGAUAACGAGGAAGAUUCUAGAAGCUAGGCAGUUCUGGAUGCAGUCGCAAUAUACGACUACCAAUAAUGCAGGACUCAUCAUACAAAUUUAUUUGAAGAUGCUUGGUGAUGGGGAUAGGGUGCCAUGGAAACGUAUGAUGUUUGGAAAUGUUGCACGAAAUAAAGCUAUAUUCAUAAUGUGGUUGCAACUACAAAAGAGACUCCUCACUAAAGACAGGCUGCUGAACUGGGGAAUCGAUGUGAAUGCGGAUUGUGUCAUGUGUCAAAAGGCACUAGAAUCCAUGGACCAUUUGUUUGUGCAUUGUGAGUUCACGCAACACUUAUGGACUAAAAUUUUAAACUGGAUGCAGAGGCAUAGUUUCAACAGCAAUAACUGGGAAGAUCAUCUCAUGUGGAUGAUUCAAAGGGCAAAAGGGAAGGCUCAAAGGGCCCAAAUUUUCAAAAUGGUUUAUGCAGAAACAGUCUAUGCUAUAUGGCAUGAAAGGAACCAGAGGAUAUUUGAGCAGAAGGCAAAGGAAGCUGAUGUUUUUGCAAGGAAUGUGGCCUACGUGUGUAAUAUUAGAGCUCCUGGUGGAUCCAAAUAUCUAGUUCAAUCAUGGAUGAUUUAA